GGAUUGUCGGCUGUCACAUACAGUCAAGCACUGUCAUCUGAAUAGCUGUCAUUAACAGCUGAUUAAAAUUAAUCGUCCUCUUUUAACUAAAUUGAACGAUUGUUUUUUUAUCAUUUGUAGAUCAUAAUAACUUACUGAAAUGCCGAAGAAGAAGACCGGUCAACGCAAAAAGGCGGAGAAGCAAAAACUGCGACAGAAAGAGAUCCGCAAUGCGCGCGAGCACGUCGACCUGGCGCAACACCCUUGUAACCUCGCCAUGGACUGCGAUAAAUGCCAGAAGAAGCAGAAGAACCGUGCCUUCUGCUACUUCUGCCAGGCAGUGCAGAGACUGCCGGCCUGCGCUCACUGCGGCAAGGUCAAAUGCAUGCUCAAGGCUGGUGACUGUGUUGUAAGACAUCCUGGGGUCUACACCACUGGGAUGGGGAUGGUGGGUGCUAUCUGUGACUUCUGUGAGGCAUGGGUGUGCCACGGGCGUAAGUGUCUCAAUUCUCAUGCAUGCACCUGCCCACUUAUGGAUGCCGUCUGCUUGGAGUGUGAAAGAGGUGUGUGGGAGCAUGGCGGGCGCGUGUUCCGCUGCUGUUUCUGCCAGGGAUUCCUGUGCGAGGAUGAUCAGUUCGAGCACCAGGCUUCUUGCCAGGUGCUGGAGUCUGAGACAUACAAGUGUCAAUCAUGCAACCGUAUAGGCCAGUACUCGUGCCUGCGCUGCAAGACGUGCUUCUGCGAGGAGCAUGUGAAGCGUCGCGGCGUGAAACUGGCGGACCGGCGCGCUGCUCCGCCGUGCCCCAAGUGCUCAUACCCCACAGCACUCACUGCGGACCUCAGCAUGUCCACGCGUUCCCAUCGCUACGGCCGACAAGGCACCGCCCCUGCCGAGGAUGACGACGAUGGCUACUCCGGAUAUGGGGGAUAUGGUGAUGAUGGAGCUGCAGAAGGUGGUGACUAUUCGUAUUCUUACUCUGAGUCUGAUGACGAUGACGACGACGAUGAUGAUGAUGAAGAUGAAGAUGAUAGCGAUGAUGAGGAGGACGACGAGGAGGAACCCACCACCGCCGCUGCCGGAAGCACUAAAAAAUAAUCUCACAAACCAAUACAUUUUAUUAUAAUAUACGUUUAUAAACAAU